CAGCCAUCUCAGUCUUUGGGGAAGAUUCUCCAUGCUUCAGAUUCUAAGGACUAUUCCCGGACCUCUGAUUCUGUCUGCAUAACAGUUUAUAUUGUGUGUUUUCUUCUGGAAUCAAGCUGCAGAGACAUCUAAGCACUGCUCCGUCACUGCAUGGACAGUGACCAACCCCUCAUUGCCCAUCCACGAUAACAGGUCGUAGCUCCGGAUGGCGACCACGAAAGCUUCGACGCAAGCUCAGAUAUUCCCAGGCAAGGGCCUGGCUCUAGGUGCAUCGCUUCACAACGUCCUUAGCCGCCUCAAAUCACAUCCUCAACUGUACCCCGCCAUCGAUAUUGCAUACUCAUCAGGAGAACCUCUGCAAAAGCCGGUGCUACUCCAGCUUCCAGCGAAUGGCUUACGCCUGCGCUUCGAUGGCCCCGAUCAAAGAUUACGUCUGAUCGAGGUUCUUGACUUUACGAAGAUCAACCUGGUGUACAAGAACCAAGAGGUGAUCAAGGGUGCCAAAUCCCAGGAUCAGCCAGUAUCUCAACAAGGGCCGAGUUUCCGCCAUGUUUACAAUCGGCUGUUUGGCCCGUCAUACCCGGGGGAAUACGUUUCGCCCGCUUCACCCUCUCCAUACGGGACCUACGUUCUAUCAUAUCCAGGGAUAGCAUUUUCGUUUCCCUUGCAGGACUCAGCGUGGUCUGACCAAUGUGACUUUGUAGCAUUGCUCUCUUCUUCGGCUGCUCUACCAGCCACAUCCAUGGCUAUAUUUCAGGGUAGUUCGUGGCCGGAGGUUCGAGCCAAAGUGUUCACGCAGCAACCACAAUAUCCCCGUUCGCCAGCAUUGGCGGGCAAAAACAGGGACUCUUUACCAGACGAGGUUGAACGAUUCAAGAUCUUCGGUGCCGGGAAGCUUGAGGCUAUUCGGAGAUCAAGUUCUUCUACCUAUAUUACCCUGUCGGAGACGACACCGCAGGAUCUGAUCGCAGAAUUUGGACCUCCGGAUGCAAUAUAUCGUAAGAAUGAUCGAAGAAUAUCUAUCCACCGGGCCACGGGCGGUCGGACGGAUCCUCUUCACAUGAGUCCAUCUCCAGGUAGAGGGAUUGAAAUUAGUGAUACCGAGCACUCUUCCAAUAAUAGUAUUGCUGAUGAUUCAGAUGAGGAGCUCGCCCAGGGCAACCCCUUGGAUCCUUCCUCCUUGCCAACGGAAUGUUUCUUCAAUUAUUUCCACCAUGGGUUUGAUGCAUUCAUCUCAUCCCCCACAACCCCUGGGCCAGCAUUUCCUGGGUCUGGGCUCUCAGACCCAUCACCUCCUCCUCCUCCCCCCUCAUCACAGCUUACUGUGACAAAGAUAAUUUUACAUGGAAAUGUGCCGGGUUCAUACCCCUUUAACCGCCACCGUCGCAGUCGCUGGACAAUUUAUGCAGAUCACUUGGGUGAAGAUCUCUUGACAUCAGAAACGCCCUAUGAAGAUAUUUCAAAGAGACUUCGCAGCAUCUGGCAAAACUCCUAUUCCAGUGUCGACGAGGAACGUGCUCUGCAGCGACCGAUGGUGUUGAACCGUGGCUGGGGUGACAGCCCCGAGAGCAGUGUGGAAUUCCUGGGCGGUUGGGAAGAGAGCACCGGAGGGAAACAAAGGGCUGGAGCCGAUGGUCAGGAUGGAGGCCAGGGACUGGGCAAUACAGAGUUAUUUGGAUUCCCGGGGCUUCUUUUCGAAGUUAUGAAGAACGGCGCGCUCUCCAGUUCAACUUUCCCCUCGACGCAAUUGAAUCAAUUCAUCAUCGGGCUAUGCGACAGCGGUAGCAUGCCGGAACUGCCGCGGUCGCUCACACGGUCGUGGUCGUCGACGCUCAAACUUCCCAAGUCGACAUUCCCCCCACGCGCGUCGCCCGCCGACCAGGCCAAAUAUCUCCAGCGAUGCACCGAUGAGCUCUACGCCUGGCAGCGUCGCGAACGGCCUGCAGACCGACCCUUUGUCUUCCACGAUGGACCUCCCUAUGCGAACGGCGACCUUCAUGUCGGACAUGCCUUGAACAAGAUCUUGAAAGACAUCAUCUGCCGUGUGAACCUCGGCUUGGGGAAAAGGGUGCAAUACAUUCCCGGCUGGGACUGUCAUGGCUUACCCAUUGAGCUCAAGGCUCUGCAAGGGCAGAAAGAUCUGAGCUCCAUAAGCGGACCUGCCGGUGCAGCGGUGAUUCGUAAGGCUGCCCGCAAACUAGCGAGUAAAACCGUUGUCGAGCAGAUGAAGGGGUUCCGCAGCUUUGCGGUUAUGGCCGAUUGGGAGAAUCACUACAAGACAAUGAACAAGGAUUUCGAAAUGAGGCAGUUAGGCGUUUUCCGGGAGAUGGUUGAAAAAGGGCUGAUCUAUCGAAGAUUCAAACCGGUCUACUGGUCACCUUCCACUGGGACAGCCUUAGCAGAAGCGGAACUGGAAUACAAGGAUGACCAUGUUUCCACGGCUGCUGUUGUUAAGUUUCCUCUGGUCACGGUUCCACCAUCUUUGGCUGAGUCUUCCCGUGUCAGCGUUGACAGGCUCAGUGCUGUUAUUUGGACAACUACUCCCUGGACGCUCCCGGCCAACGCUGCAAUCGCAGUCAAUGAAUCUCUGGACUAUGUGGUUGUCGAAUCUCAGGCCCACGGUCAGUUGAUCGUCGCAGAGUCCCGUAUCGGCUAUCUCCAGGGUAUUCUCAAUGAGGAAUUGCCGAUCGUGCAUGCUUGCAUCCCUGGGUCAGAAUUGGCAUUACAUACCACCUAUCGCCCUCUGUUCAAAGCCCCCGAAGCCGAGUCUCAGCCAGUCAUUGCGGCCGAGUUUGUGACAGCUGAAUCCGGCUCUGGUCUGGUUCACUGCGCUCCUGGACAUGGCAUGGACGAUUAUGAGGUGUGUCUGGCUCGCGGAAUUCCUGCCUUUGCACCGGUCAACGACCAGGGCCAGUUCACCGAGAAGGCCAUGCCGUCUGAUCCCGCGCUUCUAUGCGGUAAACACGUCCUUGGAGAGGGAAAUAGCGCUGUUCUAGAAUAUGUCAAAUCCCAAGACCGACUUCUCCAUACUCAUAAAUAUGAGCACAAGUAUCCUCACGAUUGGCGAUCGAAGCAGCCGAUCAUCAUUCGCGCAACUGAACAAUGGUUUGCAGAUGUCGCUGAUAUUCGAGGGAGCGCGAUGGAAGCUCUGGAGCAUGUUCACUUUGUCCCUGAAGCCGGCAAGCAGCGUUUGCAGAACUUCGUGAAGAACCGCAGUGAAUGGUGUAUAUCCCGUCAGCGGGCCUGGGGUGUUCCUAUUCCCGCCCUGUACCAUCGUGGAACUGGAGAAGCUGUGCUCACGAAGGAGAGUGUGUCGCAUAUCAUGAGGGUGAUCGAGGAGCGUGGCAUCGAUGCCUGGUGGACAGAUGAUGCUAAUGAUCAGGCGUGGAUCCAUCCAUCGCUCCAGGAGUCAUCAGGCGCAGGCUACAGACGAGGCACGGAUACUAUGGACGUUUGGUUUGACAGCGGCUCUAGCUGGUCUCUAUUGGAGAUGCUUGCCAAUCGCCCCCCCGCGGAUGUCUACCUUGAAGGAAGCGAUCAGCACCGUGGCUGGUUUCAGUCUAGCCUUCUCACAUUCAUUGCUCAUCAGCUUUCUUCUUCUGAGAACUCCAAUACUCCCCGGGCGCCAUUCAAGAAUCUAAUCACCCACGGCUUCACUCUCGACGAAAAUGGCUAUAAGAUGAGCAAGUCUAUCGGCAACGUGAUGUACCCACAGGCUAUCAUGGACGGAACCCUGCUUCCUCCGCUCCAGCAGAAGAAACGAAAGGGCAAGAAACAAGUAGAAAACCAGCAACCGGUCUACGACGCGCUUGGUCCUGAUGCUCUUCGAAUGUGGGUCGCGAGUAGCGAUUACACGCGUGAUGUUGUGAUCGGCACCAAGGUUCUCCAGACCGUCAAUAUCAGUCUCCAUAAGUAUCGGGUGACAUUCAAGCUUUUGCUCGGUGCUUUGUCCGAUUUCUCGCUGGACCAUAUUGUCCCAUAUGAGCAGUUGCAGAAGGUGGAUCACAUCGCGCUCAUGCAACUCUCGCAGCUUGUCCUGAAUUGCCAAACGGCGUAUGAGAACUUUGAAUUUUACAAGGCCGUCAGCGCAGUCAACCGAUGGACUAAUAUGGAGUUUUCUGCAUUCUAUAUCGAGGCGAUCAAGGAUCGACUUUAUACCUACGCCGAGGACAGCACCAGCCGACGAGCCGCGCAGACUACUCUUUUCUACAUCUACCGCCAUCUCCAGGAGAUUCUGGCUCCUGUCACUCCAAUGCUGAUCGAGGAGUCUUGGGAACACACGCCAGAUCUAAUCAAGUCCCAGACCGAGCACCCACUAAAACGCAUAGUAUCUGCACCGGCGUCUGAGUGGAACAAUCCCGCGUUGGAAACAGACUCGCAGGAUCUUCUGGCGGUGGGCUCGGCCAUCAAGACCGCUCAGGAAAACGCUCGGUCGAAGAAACAAAUGGGCUCCUCCUUGCAGUCGUUCGUACAUCUAGUCUUCCCAGUGCAGAGUCCUGCCCUCACUCGCGUUCAAGACUACCUGACGGAGCUUCCUGACAUCUACGUGGUUUCCUCUGUCACGGUCGGUACGGCGACUGACCCUCUUCCUUCCGAUCUGUCAGAUACGGUGUGGCAGUACAGCGCGGAGUUUGAAUGCGCCGAUGGAAGCAAAGGAACCGCCCACGUCUAUGCGCCGCACGAUUCGAAAUGCCCCCGGUGCUGGCGGUAUGUUGUACCGGAACCCCAGAGUGGUGAAGAAACGCUGUGCGGUCGCUGCGAGGACGUCGUUCGUGAGAUCGAUGCUUCUGCAUCUGCAUAGAUCAUCUCCCUUGCAUCUGAACUCUGGAAUAUAGGCUUAUUCUAUGUAUUAUAUUUCUGUACCAGUAAUAGAAUCCCUCUACUUGUCUAUUGGUCUCUUUCGGUAUUUUGCACCUCCAUCCAUUAAUAAACCUCGCCCAUUAACAUUGAAAGAAUUGUCCUUCAUCAUUAUAUAAAUCAAUAGCAGGA